AUGGUCAACAUCGAUAUUCCUAAUGACUACACCGUCUCGCCCUCUACGGCCACUCCCCACUUGACAAUCAACCGCGAUGUCACGAUCGAUCUCGACUCGACCAAUGCCUUUGAAGGUCCCGAGAAGCUCCUCGAAGUAUGGUUCAGCCCUUCUGCCUCGUCCCUCCCCGAAGGAGCCAAGCCCUAUGGUUUGAAGGCCGUGUCCUCGGACACUUGGAAAGAGAUGCUCGACUUGGUGAACUGCAAGGUUCUCUCCGUCAUUGGACAUGGACACAUGGACGCCUACCUCCUCUCCGAGUCCAGCAUGUUUGUCUUCCCCCACAAGCUCGUGCUCAAGACCUGCGGAACCACCACUCUGCUGUACGGUCUGCCAAGAAUGCUGGAGAUCGCUGCUCUCGAGGCAGGCUUCCCUGGUAUCAAGGCAGACCUGUCGGCCGCCGUUCCCGCAGCUGCCACUCCUCACCGCGUCUUCUACAGCCGCAAGAAUUUUCUGUACCCCGACCAGCAGCGUGGUCCUCACCGCAGCUGGCGUGACGAGGUUAAGUUCCUCGACCAGAGAUUCCUGGGAGGCAGUGCCUAUAUGAUUGGAAAGAUGAACGGCGAGCAUUGGUACCUGUACAUCACCGGUCCCAACGCUCAGCUCACUCCUCCUGCUACGCCAGAGAGAGAGACUCCUACCAAGGUUCUUGACUACCCUGAGCAGCUCGCUGCCGACAUGGCCAACGCACAGAUCGACGAGUCUCAGGAUGAGACUUUGGAGCUUCUCAUGACCGAUCUUGACGAACAGAAUGCUCGCCAGUUCUACCUUGAAGAUGCCAGUGCCAUUGCUGAGGGCAAGUAUCUGAAGCAGUCUCAAGAGGCUCGCAAGGAUGCCAUCGCUCAUUUGGGCAACAUCAACGGAGAUGACGACGAUGUCGAUGUCUUUGCGCAGACCACUUCUGACCCUUCCGAGAAGCUGACCUUCCCAGAGGAGCUCACCACCGAAGGCCACACUCUGGGCUCCGUCGUCACUGAGGCCUGCGGUCUGGCCGACGUCUACCCUGUCUCCAAGUACCCAGAGGCUAAGAUAGACUCUUACCUCUUCACUCCUUGCGGAUACUCUGCAAACGGUGUCGUCCCAUCGACUGGCGAGUCUGGAUCGGCCCACUACUUUACCGUUCACGUCACCCCUGAGCCCCAAUGCUCCUACGCCUCUUUCGAGACCAAUGUCCCAGCUCGUCAGACCGGACGCGAAACCCGCGACAUCGUCGUACAAGUCGUCAACAUCUUCAAGCCUGGCCGCUUCAGUGUCACCAUCUUCGAAGCCAAGACCGACGAGGACGGUUACGGCAGAGCAAGAGUCAAGAAGGACAAGAACAUGGACAACAUUCCCGGUUACCGACGUGUCGACCGCAUUGUCCACGACCUUGAGGGUUAUGAGUUGGUUUUCAGAUACUUUGAGCGUCUGGACUGGAAGGGUGGCGCUCCUAGAUUGGGCGAAUACAUGUUGUAA